AUGACGGGUGAAUACUGUGUUGCGACAGCAAUCGGGCAGAGGAAGCAGAGCACGGAGCGCCCUGCGUCUAAUGGUACGGCUAUUGUGAAUGGACAUGAGACAAGCGAAAAGAACGAUACUUCUCAAUCCCUGGACUGGACUCGCCAUCCCAUAACCAGUCCGUCUGCAUGGAUCGAGUCCAUUCGUACCAUGGACUGGUCAUCCACCGCAAUUGGACCCAUGUCGUCCUGGUGUCCGACUCUGCGUCAGUACAUGCUCCACAUCAUGUCCAAUCCUGAACCACGACUCCUGAUCUGGGGUGAAAGCAUGACCUUCAUCUACAACGAGGCCUGUGUGGAGUUCUUCGGCGAGAAGCAUCCUCAUGUACAAGGGAAGAGUGUCCAAGAAGCGUGGAGCGAGAUCUGGGAGCCAAUAUCGCCUAUGAUCAAGGCUGCGUACGCAGGACAAACAGUCAAGCUGGCAGCAUCGUUGCAAUUUAUCGAACGGCACGGGUACACGGAAGAGACGUACUGGGACUUCGCCAUGGUUCCGAUUGUUGGGCCGGAUGGUCGCGGUAUUGGCUUGAUUGAUGAGAUUACAGAGACCACGUCGAUGAUUACGGCUGAUCGGAGACGACGAUUUCUCAAUGAGUUGAGCGAAAAGAUGCAGACUGCAGCCACCCUCCCCGCCGUCUGGACGGCUGUAUUGGAAUGCAUAGAGUCCGCCAGUCCGGAUUUACCCUUUGCCAUGCUCUAUACCGUUGCUGACGACUUGGGCGAUGAUGCUGAUGGAACGACGUCUGAUUACGCUGCCUCAGUGGAGUCGCAACAGCCAUCACGGCUAAAGAAGUGUGUCCUUGCGGGUACUGUCGGUGUCUCGGACGACAAUGCGGAGGCCGUGAAAACAUUCACACUUCACGACGCCGAGCACCCCUCAAGUAUUGCAGGACGUUGUUAUGAAGCUUGCAAAGGUGGCAAAGCGAUCCAUCUCUCCUCCAGCGAAGGGACACUUCCAGAAUCUCUUCGUGGCCCGAUUCCUGGUCGAAGUUUUGACGACGGAAUACGAACAGCGAUCGUUUGUCCUCUCGGCUCAGCCAUGAGCUCUGACAUUGUGGGAGUACUGGUCUUAGGAUUGAAUCCUCGGUCGCCCUUCAAUUCGGAAUACAAGAUUUUCCUUCACGUUGCGGUUGAGAUGAUCGAAAAGGCUGCGGCAUUGAUCUCUCUACCCGAAGAGCAACGACGAGCGCAGAAGCUGGCAGACGAUAUCACCACUGCCCUCACUCAGCAGCUCCGCUUGUCGAACAUCCAGGCUGAGAAGAACGAAGCCAAGUUCUCGCGCAUGGCCGACUCCGCACCCAUCGGCAUGUUCAUGUUCGGACCAGACGGCAAAACCAUAUAUACCAACAAAGCGUACAAGGACUUACUAGGAGUGGACAAUGGAGAAGAGACAGCGAUAACAUCGCAGAAGCAGUUCAACUCGUGGGGUGAUCUCCUUCACGCCGAUGACUUGGACCUCUUCCUCACUGCGUGGGCGAGGGUCACCGACGAGAAAGUUCCGAUCACCUUCGAGUACCGGCUGAAGAGGCCGUGGUCAUCGAUUGAUAAGUCCACGGGUCAGAACACUUCGGGUGAAACGUGGUUACAUGCUACGGCUUUUCCGGAGAUUGCGCCGGAUGGCUCGGUGACGACUGUACAAGGUUGGCUCACGGAUAUUUCGCAUCGCAAGUUCUCAGAAAAUCUGCUUUCGCAGAAACUUGAGGAUGCUCUGGAGAAUAAGCGGCAGACGGAGAACUUCAUUGAUAUGACGUCUCACGAAAUGCGGAAUCCGCUCUCGGCAAUUCUUCAGAGCGCAGACUCUAUCCUGUCCACCCUAUCCGCGACUGGGAUGCCGAUAUUGAACGAAGACCUGGUGCUGCCUGCCGAAAUCGCCGAGGAGAUCAUCGACGCCGCUCAAGUCAUCGUUCUGUGCGCGCAACACCAAAAGCGCAUCGUAGAUGACAUCUUGACACUUUCGAAGCUUGAUGCGAGUUUGCUGGUGAUCUCUCCGGACAAAGUCCAGGUUCCGGCGCUGAUCAAGAAGGCUCUCAAGAUGUACGAGGCCGAGAUCGAACGUGCUGAUAUCGAUGCUCAGCUUCAGAUCGAGCCGACUUACGAAGAUCUAAAGGUUGACUGGGUCGUGCUUGAUCCGUCUCGAUUACUUCAGGUCGUCAUCAAUCUGCUGACCAACUCGAUCAAGUUCACCCAGUACUCCUCCACACGGAAGAUCAAAAUUUGCAUAGGUGCUUCGCGCCAACGGCCCUCCGGCCAGCAUCACGGCAUAUCUUUCGUACCACCACGCUUCAAUCGUCCGUGUAAGACGCCCGCAGCGGAAUGGGGACACGGCGAAGACAUCUACCUUCAAGUCGCUGUCUACGACACUGGUCGCGGGCUCAAUGAUGAUGAGAUGAAAGUCCUCUUCGGACGCUUCCAACAGGCGAGUCCGAAGACAUACCAGCAGUACGGCGGUUCCGGACUCGGACUUUUCAUCUCCCGAGAGCUGUGUGAGCUGCAAUGCGGACAGAUCGGGGUGUCCAGCAAAGACGGCCAAACAGUCUUCACCUUCUACGUCCGAGCCAAGCGCUGGCUGAACGACGACCACCUCACGCAAGCUCCCGCGAACGCCUUCGCCAGCGCUUCAGCCUCUCCAAUUGCCUACAGCCUCACGACCUUCAAGCCUCUCUCCCGACAGCCGUCAUACACCAAGACCCCACUCCAACUCGUCACCGAACAGACUCCCGAUCAGGUCGAUGCAGCGACAAUGACCUCCCCCACCGCCACCCCCACCUCAGCUUCGACCAAACCACCUCAACUCCACGUCCUCAUAGUAGAAGACAACACCAUCAACGCCCGCGUCAUGUCCAAACAACUCCGCCGCGCAGGCUGCAUCGUACACAUCGCCAACCAUGGCGGCGAAUGUCUCGACUUCCUCGACCGAUCGUCCUUCUGCGCUCCAACUCCGCCUUCCACGCCUACAUCUCCGAACGUUCCUCCUACUCCCUUAUCAAUCAUCCUUCUCGAUCUCGAAAUGCCGACUAUGGAUGGACUGACCUGUAUACGCCAUAUCCGCGAGAGACAAGCGAACGGACGGCUAGUGGGCCAUGUUCCGGUCAUUGCGGUCACGGCGAAUGCUAGGAGCGAACAGAUUCAUUUUGCAAUUGAGGCGGGGAUGGAUCAGGUUGUUACGAAGCCGUUUAGGAUUCCGGAGCUGGUGCCUAGAAUGGAGGGGUUGGUGGGGGAGAUUUUGGCGGGGUUGAAGAUGAAUGGAGGGUGAAGU